UGAGCGAAGAGGAGAGAGGGGGUGUGUGGUGUGUGAUCACAUCACUGGAGCAGCUUGUGUGUGUAAGGGUGUGUGUGUGGGAGAGAGAGAAAGAGAGAGAGUGUGUGAGAGGUUGAGGGUGUUUAAUAUCACACACACUGAGCGGGACUGAAGCGGAGCGAGGGAUGAUGGAGAGCAGAGAGAUGGAGGGAGAGACGCUGCAGCGCUCACCCAGCACUCUCUCCAUUACACAGUCCUCUAAGUUGCUUCGUUUGAAGCGCUCUCUCUCCUUCAUGCGCAGUAAGAGUGUGGAGAAUUUUUUCCAGCGUUCCUACAGCGAUGCCCGAGUUCCCUCCGACUUUGUCUCAGACCCACCACCUCCCUCUCCGCCUCUGCCAGGGUCACCACUGCCUAGCGAUGGUUCUGCCAACCCGUCCCCUUCAGUCAGCCCGAAACCUUCUUUAAGUACCUUUUCUUCUUGCACUACAGUCCUGCAGCCUCGUCCAACCCAAACACAUUGCUUCCAGGAGUAUGUCUUCCGUCGGCCAACCAGCUGCCAGCUCUGCAAACACGUAAUUGUGGGGAACUCAAAACAAGGCCUGCGCUGCAAAACCUGCAAAAUAUCAGCUCAUCUGUGGUGCACGUCUGAACUUUCACAGCAGCCAUGCCAAGGCAAGGCUGGAAUGUUCAAAAGGAACUUCAGCACUCCUGUGAUGCCCAGUGAUCAGCUGGGCAUGGUGAAGGAGACUCAGAACACACAGGAGGCAAGGGCACGAGUAGACCCUAUAUACGCUACUUUACGCUAUGGAACAUCUCUGGCCCAGAUGACCCGGUCUAGUUUUGGAAGUGUGUCCGAGUCCCCAACCCGCAGCCUGGGGGAUGGAGGUGAAGAGAAGCUGGAGGGAGAGAUGGAGACAGAAGAAGGGCCGAUUGAAGACACAGAGAACGAAAUUCCUCCAUCAGAGAAUUCUAAGACUGAAGUGGAGGAUACAGUAAAGGUUCCAAAAGUUCAUGCCAUCCACACAUACGUUGCGCUCUAUAGGUUUCUACCCCAAGAGCAGAAUGACCUAGAAUUACAUCCUGGUGACAGGGUGCAGGUCACUGAUGACUCUAAUGAAGAGUGGUGGAAGGGUAAAAGUGGAGACAAGGUGGGAUUCUUUCCUGCUAAUUUUGUUCAGCGAGUGCGUCCGGGUGAGCGGGUGUGGAGAGUCACUGAGUGUUCCGAAGGCGACCGACAACUGGGUCACAUGCCUGUAAAGGAAGAUCAGAUCUGUGUGGGGAAGAAUGAGGACAGUGAUGGAUUUAUGAAGCUGUGCAGCGGAAAAAAGCGAGGACUAGUGCCCACUCGCUCUCUGGAGGAAAUCUGACCUUCAUGCCUGAAUUAUAGACUUCCUGUCUCUGCAUCCUCAGAAAAACACUUUACCCAACAGUGAACCAAUGGUGGACCAACAGUGACCCAGCAGUGAUCCAAUGGCGAUCCAUUGGUAACCCAAUAGUGGUCCAGUGGUGAGCCAACAGUGACCCAUCAGUGAUCCUAUGGUGACCCAGUGGUAACCCAACAGUAAUCCAAUGGUUAUUUUACUUUGAGGCAGUGGUGGCUAAAUUGUAGCUCAACAGGGACCCAGCAGUGGCUAAAUUGUAGCUCAAUAGUGACCCAAUGGGGGCCGAAUUGUAGCCCAACAGGGAUCCAAUGAUGGUGCAAUGGUGGCCAGAUGGAUAACCAGUUUUAAACCUGUGAGAAACCAACAGAGAAGCAGUUGUGACCCAAAGAUAAAGCACUAGUGUCCCAAUGGUAGCUUAAUGAUUAUUAACAGUGACUCAAUAUAGGCCUGAAUGUAGCCCAACAGACCCAGUGGCUGCCCAACAGUGAACCCAACAAUGAUCCAAGGGUAUCACAACAGCGACCCAACAAUGAAACAUGAUGAUAGAUAAUAAUGAAUAACGAAUCACCAAAAGUGAUGCAACAAUGGAGAUUGAAAGAACUCAACCAUCCAUCAGUCAUCCUAUGUUUCUAUGUAUGAUUUGAUUUAUCUGUGGAAUACUCAGAACCCUUGAAGUUUCAUCUGUGUUCUCAUAUUCAAUCCAAAUUUCUACCAUAUCUGGCCCAGCUUACCCACUCAGUUCUCAAAGCUAGAACUGAUUUAAGCCUGAAUUGAAGACCCCAGCUCCACCUGGCAUUACAGAGCGUCCUGCAUCUGGGUAUCAUUCAGGAGACAGGAUGUGUACACAUGUGGGAUUAAUACAGGAUUAGAUCAGACAGUAUGAAGUGAUUAGUUGGUGUCAUGUUUAUAGUUGUGGAUAUGUUCUGUCUCACUGCUUAUUGCCAUCCCACAAUCUUCAAGAUGAAACAUUUGGCUGAGCACUUCCACACAGAUCCUGAUAUGUGUGCUGAACUGGAAUGUAGGUGUGUGAGCCAGCGUCUGAAAUUAACAUCCGCCUGCCACAUGUGGGGAAAUAAAAAGAUUUACAAAUGACAGUGAAAUUUCUUUCACAGUUCUUUGCCAUUGGGUUUUUUGGGCUGGGCUUCAGUCAUAUCCACAUUCUGCUCAUAAAUGUGUUCUUUAGCAAUAUCAACCAAUAUAUAGUGUUUUUUUUAGUGUUUUAUUAAUGAUAGUAAUAUUUUUUUUUACAUUUGUAAGUUGUAGUCUCAAACAUUAUUAGAGUAGAUAUUGUGUUAUUGAGCAACUCAUCACUAGGGGUGGGUGAUAUGGCCCUAAAAUAAUAUCAUAAAGUUUCUGGUUAUUUUUGUGAUAACAAUAUUGUUGGUGAUAUGAAAAAACAUUGAAUUAAUAAAUGAAUACAUUUAAAAAUAUUUAUUUUUUACUUAUACUUUUUUUCAAAAUAAAUGUAUCAUAAAUUAAUUAUAGAGAUCAUUUGUUAUCAUAAAUGUAUUGUGGAUAUCAGUUUUUCAGAACUUCAUUUUGAAUAUUGAUUUCAUUAGAAAUUCAUUUUAGGUAUUCAUUGUUAUCAGAAAUUAAUUUUGAGUAUUCGUUUGGUCAAAAUUUUAUUCCAGAUAUCAAUUUUAUUAAAAAAAUUCAUUCUGAGUAUUAAUUUUGUCAGAAUUUUAUUACGGAAAUCAAUUUUAUUAGAAAUUCAUUCUGUGUUUUUUUUCAGAAUUUUAUUCCGGAUAUCAAUUUUAUAACCUCAUUCUGAAUAUAUAUUUUUUUCAAAACUUCAUUCUAGAUAUCGUUGUGUUAGAACAUCAUUCUGAAUAAUCAUUUAAAAAAUAUUUUUGAAAAUGUUUAAAAACUUUUAUUCUAAACUUAUCAAUUAAACAUUUUCAGCCAAAAUCCUGAAAGUCCUGAGUGUCAAAUGAGCAUUUCUCUCAGUGGAGGUUGGUUUCAGAUGCUGGUGAAAUCACACAGAGCCUUGACUGGAUUGUGAAUCCAUUACUGUGAUUGGAUCAAAGAUGAUGAACGUUAAUGCCCAAUGUAAACUGGGCCAAACACUCACCCACACACACACACACACUCGUGCCACUACACACCUGUUUCUGGCAGAUGGGUUAUUGGACAUUUUCCACGUCUCUUCAACAUACAUGUGACUUUGAUGUGUUUCUGCUUUGUCCUUCACUGUUAUAAUGAUCCUCUGGAGUAAAGCUAAGGCUUAAUUUAGUCUGAGUCCGAUUUACGUAUAUCUAUUUCUAACCGUCCUCCUUUUAACGUUCCUUACGUUCAAGGGCAGUGUGUGUAUGUGUGUGUGUGUUUAAUAGUGUGUUUGUGUAGUAAUCGGGGCACAGAAGCAGGUCAGAUUUGGUAGAUGAUAAAUGUGUGGCUGAGUAAGAGUGGACGGUAAUGUAAUUUGCAGACGUUUUUUUUUUUUUUUUUUGCAGUUAGAGAGCUGCAGUUCCUGCAACUAAUCCACUUUCAGAAGCCCUGACAAAUAAAACAUGGUUAUUUAUUAUCAAUAAAUACUCAAUAUUUA